UCUCACCCCCUUAAAUUUAUUUUUAAUUAAAUAAUUUUUAUCAAAAUUUCUAUAAAACUCUUGUCACUAAAAUUGUCAUCAUGUCUGUGGACAAUUGAAUUUUAGUCUCUAAAUGACUUUUCUAGUAGUGGAACUUGACUAAUGCAGUACUUGUACAAGAAGAGGGAUAGCCAUCUUGGAUAUAUUCAGUUCUUUGAGUUGUGCUGUGAAGAAAUUUGUGUUGUUUUGCUUGUUGUUGUGAGAAAAGGAGGCAACGUUAAGAUCAUCUCAUCAGAUCUGUGGCUUUGACAGUCAAAAUGCCAGGCAAAAAGAAAAAGAAAAAUUCAGACGCAUACUUAUUAAAACGGAAAGAGCAAAAGAGGUUGAGCAUGCAACGUGCAAGGGAAAAAUUAAAAACUGAUCCAGACAAAUAUGAAGAAGAGAAGAAGAAAGAUAGGGAUAGGAAAAAAAGGAGUAGAAAAAGUAUUCAUGAAAUGACAGAAAGAGAACAGAGAAAAGUUAGAAAAGGCUGGAAGAAAUGUUCCCAGACUUACCGGGAACGGUUGAAAAAAAAUAAAGAAAUAGAGGAAGAACUUUUGAAUAACACGCCACCUAACAGCCCAAUGCCUAUUUUAAAUGUUUCAAAUGAAGUUGAGGUAUCAACAUCAAGGGUUGACAGUGGUAAAAAGAAGAGGAGAAAAAACAGAGAAAAAAUGAAAAAAGAAAUGAAAUCUCUAACUGAUGAAAAUAAAAAGCUCUUAAGGAAAUUGGCAAAAUACAAACAGAGGCUAAAUAGAUUGAAAAAAGCCAAAGUAUUGGACCUAACGCCCAGGAAGAAAAUUGAAAAACUAUUGAACGGACAAAAGUGUUCUAAUGAAGUAAAAAAACAGCUUUUAUUUUCUGAAGUCUUGCAAAUGCAAGUUAAAAGUAAUUUUGCCAAAGAAAGAAAACUCAGCCAUAAAAGGCUAAUGGUAAAAUCUCUCAGUGGGAAAAUUGUUAAAAAAUACAAGCUGUCCCAUAAAGUAGCAUCCUUAACUUCCUGGAGGACUCAGAUCAGUGGUCAAGAAUGGACCGCUGGAGUUCAUUUAGUAAGAAAAAGAGACUUAUUAAAAAAAGUCAAACUACGCCAGGAUGUAUUGACAUUCCUGGAAGAUGAUGAAAACAGCAGGCAAUGCCCUGGAAAAAAAGAUACGAUAACAAGGUCAAAAACUAAAAAGCAGAAAAGGGAGUUGAACGACUCACUAAAAAACUUGUAUACAAAAUUUAUAUCAUGCUAUGAGGAACAUAACAAAAUAAGCUAUUCUCAUUUCUGCCGAUUAAGGCCGUUUUGGAUUGUCAUUCCUCACUGCAGGUCAAGGGAAACUUGUCUCUGCAAAAUCCAUACUAACAUGAGCCUUAUUGUUUCAAAAAUGAACACGCUAAAGAUGAUCAGAGAAAGAACGCCUGAAGACCUAAUAAAGAACAUUACUUGUGAAAAUGAAUAUUUAAAGGAGAAAUGUUUGGAGAAAAAAUGCAUGGAGUGUAAGGGAAACAAGGUAGCAUUUUUAGAUUACAAUGAAGAGGACAGUGUCACUUUAUAUCAAUGGGUUGACAAGAAAGUUGAAGUGCAGAUGAAAGGCAGAAAAAAGAUUUGCAAGAAAACAACAAAGGAAGAAAUAACUUGUUCUAAGAAAAAACUGAAAAUUUUGUUUCAAAGCAUGUUUGAUAAAUUUGUUCAGCAUGUUAAUAACAUAAUUCAUCAACACCAUGCUGUCAGACAAAUAAAGAAGACCUUAAAAGAAAAUGAAGCUUUCUUGCAUAUAGAUUUCUCAGAGAAUUAUAAUUGCAAAUUUGGCCAAGAGAUCCAGUCAUUUCACUUUGGAGGAAGCAGAGAUCAAGUUUCAAUGCACACCUCUGUACUGUAUUACCAUGGCAUAAAUGGAACUGUCAGCCAGACUCUGUGCACAUUAUCUGAAAACAGAAGACAUGAUUCUGUCGCCAUUUGUGGCCACCUAGUAUCUAUUUUCACGGAGAUAAAAAAGUAUGUUCCGAAUCUGGAAAAAGUUCAUUUUUUGAGUGAUGGCCCGACCAAUCAGUACAGGAACAGGAAGAUGUUUGUUUUAGCUGCUAAAUUUAUAGCGAGAGAACUAAAUGUAGAGACAUUGCAUUGGCACUUCUCCGAGGCCAACCAUGGGAAAGGUGCCCCAGAUGGGGUUGGUGGGGUCCUUAAGCGAACUGCAGACUGUGUUGUAGCUCGGGGUAAAGACAUUCCCAGUAUUGAUGCUUUGAUACGAGUGCUAGAACAAAACUCUAAGAAACAGAAGACAUUCCGGAAGAAAAAGCCAAUAUACUCUGCCAUAUACAGUGAUUCGGAUUCUGAUCCAGAUAACCCUCCAGAGCUCAAUGUGAAAACCAAUGACUUUGUUGUCGUUAAAGUUGAGCCUGAAGCAUCAGUUACCAAAGAUGAGGUUGUUGCUACUUUGGAGCAACCAGAUUUAAUAAAUUCUAGAGGCCAAAAUAUUCACCCAGAUACCCUUGACCCGGAAAAAGUUCACUACAACCUCAUCCUCAAAAAAACUACUACACCUGCAAAGACAAAUAAUCUUAAAAGAAAGGCCAAAGAAAUCCGAGCUCAUCUGAGCUAUUUCGAGGUUAAGAUGGGGCUUGAGAAAGUUCAGAAGUUUACCCGCGGAGAAAUUGAAGUUGAAGACCAGUCAUUAUUUCAAGUGUGGAAUUCCAUCACGAAUGAGCUUACCACCCUAAAAAGUGAAAUUUCAGCGUCGGAGAAAGAAAACGAAACUCCAUUUGACCCUUCUACAACUUCAACUCCGGAUCCUAAACGGCCGUCAGCCCUAACACCUGCUGAAGAAGAGAUUGUGGACGACGUGCUGGCCUUUCCAAUCGACUUUAAUGAAGACGGAAGUGACCAGGCCGGAAUCGUCGAGGGCCGGAUAAUUGCAGACGGCAACUCUUCCGUGGACGAACAGGGUCUGCAGAACAUCAUUGUCAGCCUAGGAUUUACCAACGCAGACCAAGGCAUAUCUAUCGAGGUGUCUGUCACGGAUAUAUUGGAGAGCAUGCCUGAAAGCAAUGUUCCUGAGCAGCCUGAUCCUGAAUUGAUACGUGAACUCCCAUCUGAGAACAACCAGCCAUCAUGCAGCCAAACAGAAACUACGAGCUCUGCAGCUGUGAUUACGGGAGAAAGCUACAGACAGUACAUGGAGGCAAGAGAAGCUAAGAAGAGGGAAAAGGAAGAAGAAAAGGAACGGCGGCGAAUGAUACGACAAGUAAAGAACACAAUAAAACAAGAAGGAAGUAACAACAAACGACCGACAACAGCACCAGAUGACAGUGACAGUGACUCCCAGGAUGAAGAAAUUCCCAUUGUAACCCCUAAGGACCUUGAAAAUCUGAUGGCCAAUAGCUGGGUCGUCGUCCCUUAUGAUGUGGAAGGGAAACAGCAAUAUUUUCCUGGCCAAAUAAAAAUCAAUUACAAAUGA